UUCUGAUGUUUGGAAAACGAAAACAUCAGAAAAAAAGAAAAAAAAUAAACAAUGAGGUGAAAGGUGGGAUGGAGGGUACCGCUGGUUGCCGUUGUAGGUGCCGAUGCCAGAGGAGAAGAUGACUCUGCCGCCGGUUUCUCUGAUAUCUGGAAAACGAAAAUAUCAGAAAAAAAAGAAAAAUAAAAAAUGAGGUGAAAAGAUGGGCUUGAUAGUACCGUCGGUUGCCGUUGUAGGUGCCGGUGCCGGAAAAAAGAAGAUGCUCUGGCGAGUGAGAAGUAGGGGUCAGGCGAAGCUGUCGAAUGAAAGGUUUGAACGAGUAAAAUGGGACUUUUGAGGGAUAACGGAACGUCCGUUAGCCUCGCACGCGCUGUUUCGCGUCUCUCGUGUGAAAGGACAGGUGGCGGAUGGUGAGAGUGUGGGGCGUUUGUGGGGAAAAACUGGGUGGGGCGCAGAUUUGAACUCAGCCAAACCCGGGCUAUUAACUUCGUAUCUGGAUGUAUCAGCCGCACAUCGGGAACAACGGCAACCACGGUAUAAACUACGUGAAAGCUUUGUCAUCAUAUUUUGGACACAGAAAACAACUCAGAAAACAUCGGGAUUCAUGUGCGCUCUCUUCCACUGAAGCUAAAAAGUAAGUGCGCUCUCGUCCACUUCACUGUUCCACCUUCUACUUCUGUGAAACCCUACACUAUUUCGGUCGGUGGUGGAGAGAGAGAGAAAUGGCGAUGGCAGGUCUAUACAGGCGAGUGCUUCCGUCUCCUCCUGCGAUCGAAUUCUCAUCGUCGGAAGGAAAGCAACUCUUUUCUGAAGCUCUUCGAAGUGGACACAUGGAAGGAUUCUUCAACUUAAUUUCUUCCUUCCAAACACAAUCAGAACCUGCAUACUGUGGAUUGGCCAGUCUUUCCAUGGUCUUAAAUGCUCUUGCAAUUGAUCCUGGAAGAAAAUGGAAAGGUCCUUGGAGAUGGUUUGAUGAAUCUAUGUUGGAUUGCUGUGAACCUUUGGAAAAGAUUAAAGCUAAAGGCAUCGCAUUUGGAAAGGUUGUAUGUCUGGCUCACUGUGCUGGUGCUAAAGUUGAAGCUUUUCGCACAAACCAGAGCACUUUAAAUGAUUUCCGUCAACAUGUCAUAACGUGUACUUCUUCUGAAGAUAAUCACGUAAUCACGUCCUACCACAGAGCAUCUUUUAAGCAGACUGGGAGUGGCCACUUUUCGCCUAUUGGUGGUUAUCAUGCUGGAAGGGAUAUGGUUCUGAUUCUAGAUGUUGCACGUUUUAAGUAUCCUCCACAUUGGGUUCCACUUCCGCUUCUUUGGGAAGCCAUGAAUACUGUUGAUGAGACAACAGGAAACUAUAGAGGGUUCAUGCUCAUUUCAAGGCUGCACAGAGCACCAUCGUUGCUUUAUACUCUGAGCUGUAAGCAUGAGAGUUGGGUCAGUACUUCAAAGUACUUAAUGGAUGAUGUUCCCCUCCUCCUGGAAUCAGAGGAUGUAAAAAAUGUUCAGCAGGUUCUCUCUGUUGUAUUUGCAUCACUUCCUAACAACUUUGGGGAGUUCAUCAAGUGGGUUGCAGAAGUUAGGAGACAAGAAGAUGGGAAUUCAAGUUUAAGUACAGAGGAGAAAGAGAGACUUGCAGUCAAGGAAGAGGUGUUGAAACAAGUACGUGAAGCUGGACUAUAUAAGCAUGUGACAGAAUGGUUCUCUUCUGCAAAUUCAUGUUGCCAAAAUAUCCCUUCUUUGGAUGGUGAUGACACUUUGUCUCAAAUUGCGGCAAGUGUUUGUUGCCAAGGAGCAGAACUUUUGACAGGAAAUUCUAGCACUUCUAAUGAGUUCUGCUGUAAGGAAACAUGUGUGAAAUGCCUGAAAGCUAAUGGUGACAUGCCUGUUACAGUUGUCUCAGGGACAGUUUUAUCAGGUUGCAGUGAGCAAGGGGUUGAAUUGCUGGUUCCUUCAUCUCCAACAAGGCGCAGGGCAUGCUGUGGUUCAAGUUCAAGUAACUAUUUUGGGAUGCAUCCAGUGAGCAAUGAUGUUGUAACUGUUCUGUUACUGGCCUUGCCUCCACGUACAUGGUCUGGUAUCAAAGAAGAGAAGUUAAAACAAGAAAUUUCUAGCCUUGUUUCAACUGAAAGUCUUCCCUUGUUGCUUCAAGAAGAGGUGCUGCACUUGCGACAGCAACUUAAAUUCCUCAGGAGAUGCCAAGACAAAGAGAUCAGUUCUCCCCACGACACUGGAAAAUCUGAAAUCAACGUGAAAACAUAGAUGGAGAUCAUUUGCCGCCAUUGCUAGCGCCAGAGAAGACGAACGCUAGUUGCUAUCGUCGGAGAAGACAAACAAGCUUUUUUUUUUUUUUGCUAUUUUGUUUCUAUCAUUUUUCUAUGUAACUAAUUACUGGGGUGAUGGUUGACAGAGGAUGGUCACUGGUCACUGGUCAAGCAUUGACCAUCCUCCAUCAAUCAUUCGGCAUCCUUAGGGAUAAUCGGCCAGUGAGUCUUGAAUUGGACCAUUUAGAAGUUCUUUCUUUCCA